UUUCAGUUUUGAUUUUUUUUUUCAGCAUGGGAACAUGUUUGAGACAGAGAGGACCAAAUCUGAUUUUUAAGGCAAAGCAGCUACAAAGGCUUCAGUUAAUUCCAUGUAUAUCCUGCUCACAACUACAAAGUUCCACUCCUAGAGACACAUAUCCAAAAAUCUAUGCCCCCAAAAAGAUAAACAGGUCCCCAACAGCAUUAUUAGAAGCUCUGGAAGAAAGUGUUGGAUAUGAAUGCCGAAGUUAUGGAAAAUUUUCCAUUGAUGAUCCAGCCUGUUACCAUCGCCAGUUUAUGAAGGCAGAAAUGAUGCUUUCCACAGCAUCAGGGAGGAAAGCAGCGAGAAUGAUGAUGAGUAUGUACCCCGAGGUGUUUGAGGGGACACCUGCCCAUGUACCAGUGGAACCCCCAACUAAGGUAUUUGAUCCCAUUGUGACCAAAGAAAGUGAAGAUGAUUUAGAAGAAGCCAUUAAAGAGCAGAUUGAACAAAGAGAUGUAGAAAAGGUGUUGGCACUCUGCCAUAAAAUAGUUCCAGAAGGGAAAACGAUGUCUGGACAAACAUUAGAACAUUUGAUACAUUUCCUCAGCUUUUAUUGCCUGAGGGAUCACACAGCGACAGAACCAGAGGAAAUAGAACUACUGGAUAAAUUCAAGUCGGAAAAAUACUUGCCAUUAGACAACAUUCUCAAUGAUUUGUUCUUGUUUGAAGCAGAGAAGCCUCCUGCUGUCUACAAUUCAUUUAUUCGACAGUAUCUGAACUCUGCUGAGUUGAAGAAGCCAAGGGAAUGUCUGAAAUUUUACGAAACAAUGAAGAACACUAAAACACCAUUGGAGAGGAAGACCUAUCAUUACAUCCUGAGUCAUGCUCCAACGCUUUUUGUGUCUCUUCAAGAACCAUACAAAGCUGUCCAUCAAGUAUUGAAUGACAUGAAAAAGGCUGGUUAUCAUCCAACAGUAGAGACCUAUAACAUGGCUCUGCUGGGGCUAAAAUCUCAACGCUUUGACUCAAAUAAUUCUGAAUGCCUGGAUUAUGGAUUAAAACUUAUUGCUGAUAUGAAAGAUGUUGGAAUCGAACCCACUUUGGACACUUUGAGUAUACUCACCAGUCUUUUAGAUAUGUCAGUAUUUGGAAAAGGAACAAGUUCAGGGGUCAUGCGGGUCAUGAACCUAAUGAUGGAUGAGAUUGAGGGAAAAAGGUUUAAGGAUGUCGGCCCACAAGGCAGGAAAUUCAUCAUAAGGGCAUUAAAGAUCGCCCUCUUUCACCAAGACCUUGACUUUGCAUACAGAAUUGAUGCUUUUUACAAAACGGGACAGAAUUAUAAGCUACUUACUGAUCAUGAUCAUUAUUCUUAUAGAGUGAUCAUGUUUGUAUUAGCAGUAUACAAGGAGCCCAGUCUGUCCAAGGUUGUAAACCUAUACACAGCGCUGCAGCCUGUGGACGAGAUAAGGUUCGUGAACGUAUUCCGCAAGUUCAUCAAAGACCUCACUGUCACAAAGUCCUACAAGUUUAUUCCACAGCUGCUCAAUUCUUUUCAUGCUGCCAGUUUCAAUUUGGCAGAAAUAACAGCUUUCUUGGCCAAAGAGAAGCAGCCACAACUGGUGCAAGUAAAAUUGGCUGAAUUUGUAAAAGUAAAGUUAUCAGAGCUUGAGGAAAAACGGAAUGUGAGACCAAAAAUGGAAUUAUUGGAGAAUAUGUUGAUGAUAGCCAUGAAUGGUGAAAACAUUGAAUUAGCUUGGAAAGUGUUCUCGUUUAUUAUUACCAAUAGGAAGAAUAUGUAUGGAGCAGAAGUAAGCAUGAUACAACCUUUUGAGGGACUGUUAGAUUACUACAUUUCUGCAGAUGACUUGGGAAAAUGUGCAGAAAUUAUGAAGUUUUUGGUGAAGGAAGUUCCACAAGGUGUGGCAGAGAGUUUAGGAGAGAAAAUUUUCACUAGUAUUCCUAUGAAUGAACUGGAAAGGGAGCAGCUGCAGAGAAUCAUGAAGAGAGCAACAAUAAAAAAGAGAAGAUCAAAUCCAUAUUUAGCUAGAUAUUAAUAAAAAUAACUUUAUUUCCCCAA